AUAGGUCUUCCGAAGGAAAUCUGUGAAAUUUCGGUACAGUCUCGGGAUUCCGACACUUGCAUAGGCCAGACCAAAAAUAUCCGCUUAUCUCUUUUAGCGCUCAGUGGGGUCUGCUGAUCGCUGGAUGCUUCCUCAUCCCGCACGCCUCCCAUUAUUUCCGUAUCCUCGCCCACGAGCGACCACUUACUCACUCACUGCACGAGUUGUGGUACGUGCCUGCCGGAUGCAUACAAAUACCCAUGAAAAUCGAAAACUCGCCUUCACGUCGGCAAGUUAGGCUCGUCUGGGCAUGGUCCACCGCAGGAAACGUCGUUGACGUAGGGUACGUCAGCUACCAGGGGAACCAGACGUACCCGAACACGGUGGUGUACUACAACAUCCCGUACGCCGAGCCCCCCGUGGGCGAUCGCCGGUUCCGCGCACCGCUGCCGCUGAAUACUACGCGUGUGGUAGAGGAGGCUAAUGGCCAGGUGGUCGACGCUACGACCCCGCGGACAUUCUGUAUUCAGGGUACUUUGGGCGAUGGGGAUGCUGGAGGAGGGGGAAGUGAAGACUGCCUGAAUGUCGACAUCUACGCUCCGUAUGGAGCGGCACAAGGCGACAACUUGCCAGUUUUUGUCUGGAUCCAUGGCGGAGGGUACGCAUACGGCAACCCCGCGGACUUCCCCUUUGACCCCUGGGUGAACCAGAGCCCGAACGUCGUGAUCGUCUCCAUUUACUACCGCCUCGACGCCAUCGGCUUCCUCGCGCAUCCCGACUUCGCGAACGGCACACUCGGCGACAACAACGGCGGCUUCCUCGACCAGGUGCAGGCGCUGCGUUGGAUCAGCCAAUACAUCGGCGCGUUUGGCGGGAACCCCAACGCGGUAACGAUCGGCGGGGAAAGCGCGGGUGCGUCCUCGGUUGCGUUGCACCUUGUGGCGAAUGAGGGUGCGCAGUUGUUCCAUGGCGCGGUCGCGCAGAGUGUGUAUAGGCAUCCGGUGGUCCCGCCUGAGACGAAGCUUGCCCUAUUUGAGUACUACGCUACUCAGGCUGGAUGUGGCUCUGGGACCUCAGCUCAACAGAUGGCAUGCUUGAGAAACGCUAGCAUCAGUGAUCUGGCCCGAGCGCAAGACACAGUGACAUACAAUUACACCGGUCCUUACAAGAACUUUGUACCUGUCCUUGACGGGACAGUCAUCACCGACUACCCCACUCGAUCUGUGCUGCGAGGAGAGUUUGCGAAGGUCCCUUUGCUCGUUGGUUCUGUCUCGAAUGAGACCUUAGCGAGUGGAGCAAAUAUCUCCUCCGCCCUUCAGUCCUACUUCCCAGCCUUAACGCCCUUCGAUUUGGCGGGUUAUGAAUAUGUGUACCCAGCCUCUGAAUUUUCCUCGAGUGAUGAGCAAUCUCGAGUGGCUACUGGCAACCCCACCGUGCGAUGUGCCAGAUCCAUCUGGGCCGGUGCCUUCUCAGUUACGAAUAGUAGCUGGACCUACCGCUAUAAUACCGUCAGUCUUACGCAGUCGCUCAGCGACCCCCUAGUGGAACAUGCGGCCGAGAUCUCCAUGAUGUUCGCAGGGACAAAUACCAGUUUCAAUGGCACGACCACUUACGUUCCGGAAACGCCUGCCGACCUCGCGUUUGCGUCAGAGCUGAUCGCAUACUGGUUGUCAUUCGUGCGCUCAGCCGACCCCAACACGUACAAGCUGGCGCGGUCGCCCGCGUGGCCGUCGUACACGCUCGACUACAGGGCAAGAAUCGUGCUGGAACGGGAUCCGCAAAACUUGACGACGGUCAGCGGGAGUUAUAUGGAGAUGGAACCUGUAUCCGAAACGUUGGGCUGCGCCUUUUCCGCGAGCCAGGUGGAUCAUGAACAGAAUUGAUCAGGAUGUACCACAAUGAUAGGAAUCGGAAAUGUGCUAGUACUGCUUUUGGGAGGAUCCGCUCUUCAAAGAUGGCGGCUCCGAGUCGCCCGGCUCGAGCGU